AUGGCGAGAACACAAGGCCUCUCGAAGGAGCUCCCACACAGCAGCAAGCGCAAGGCAGCACAACCAGCACAACCACCCAAGCCAGCCAAGAAGCCGAAAACCUCCUCAGACGAAACCCUGGCGGCCAGCAACAGCUGCGCUAAAACCGACAACAGCGGCCCCCGCACCGCAGCAGGGUCGGCCCCCGCGACCGUCCCGCUCUCCGCGGCGCACGUCUCGGUCCUCGCCGACCUCAAGACGAAAUACGACAUCCUCCCGGCCCUCGUUCUCUCCUCAUCCAAGAUCCAAAAGCGCGUCGCGUACCUGCUGCGACACCUCCGGAAAGACGACGGCGACCCCCGCCCGCCCGUGGCGCUGCUGCACGCCCGCCCGCACGAGGUGUGCAAGAUGCUGACCAUUGCCGAAUGUCUGAAGCGGAACCUCGCGGCGGAGGCGGAGGCGGGCGCGGGCGGGCAAUGGUUCCAAUACAACAUGCUCUAUGCGGUGCCGCUACGGGCAACAAAGGCUGAGGAGGUCGUGGAUGAGACGGUGUUUCCCGGCAAGGGGGCGGACGCUGCGUCCGAGGGGAGCGACGACGACGACUUUGAGGUCAUGGAGAGCCGGUUCGAGAGGGCGGUUGUGCCGCCCCCAUCUACGAGGGUCGCCAUGUCUCUGAGCAUCUUCCUAUCGGCGGUGCCCGUGCCGGAACUCAAGGCGCGAGAAGGCGUGUCGGUGCAAUUGCGCGAGUGA